GCGGAAUCAUUGUUGACAUUACUGUAUUGUGAAGCCAUUAGUUAAGUGAACAAAUGUUUGCCAUACACUGUACUCAUAUUAUAGAGUAUUAUGCGAUAACAAUCAGUGCUUUUAUUAUUAAAGGGAUCGCAAUAACAAUAAAAACCAUUGAAACAUAUGAAUAGAGUUAUGCAAUGAUAUAAUGUUAUCGUUAAUAGUAUUGAAGUAAUUGUUUGACACACAAGACAUGUGUUUAAGACAUAAAUACCGAUUCAUAAUAGCCAUCAAUACGCCUAUAAAAUGCAUAAAUCAUUGAUAUUAUUGUCGCUAACACUUCUUCUUCAUUGGGUUUCAUUGAUCACCACUAAUGAGCAACCAGUGGCCAUCAGAGAACCAUCUUUAUUGGUGUCGACACUGGACGGUACUCUUCACGCUAUCGGCCAAACAUCGGGUCUUAUUAAAUGGUCGGUCAAUGAGUCGCCUAUACUUAAGGUUCCAACCGUUGAGAACAUAACAGAACAACAGAGACGAAGAACUUUAUUUCUUCCGGACCCUAAAGACGGAUCACUUUAUCUUUACAAUGGCUUCAGUUCUACGGACGGCGAGACAGAGACAUUAGAGAAGUUGCCGUUCACUGUAAGCGAAUUGGUCUCAUCGAGUCCUUGCCGUAGUUCUGAUGGAUUGCUAUAUACGGGCAAAAAGAUUGACGAAUGGAUUACCAUAAAUGCACAGACAGGUCAUCGCGUGGAUGUCCUUAACUCAGACACACCGAUGUGUCCGUCGCCGCCGUCGACCACCACAUCGUACGACACGCAGACGACAAAUCUUUUAUUUAUCGGUAAAAGUGAAUAUCAUUUGUCUAUUUUUGACUUAAAAACAAAGCAGAAGACUUGGAACUUGACUUUUACCGACUUUUCUGCGUCUGCCGUGUCUUCAAUACCACAAAAUGCCUACGAAUUUCUUCAUUUGACUUCAAGUACAACUGGAAGGAUAGCAACAAUUGAUUUGUCUAACGAUGCAAACAGAUUAUUAUGGACUCAUCAGUUCUCAUCUCCAGUUGUAUCCAUUUUUCAAUUUAAUGACGGAAUAACACCUGUUCUCCGACGGGUUCCCUUCUCAACCAUUGGUGGGACUGUUAUUCCUCGAAAUUUGCAACAAAGCAAUCCAUUGUAUCCAUCGCUAUAUAUCGGAGAAAUGGCGAACUCAAAGUCGAUGUAUGCAUUGACUACUUUAGUAGAUUUGACACAAACACCACUAAUUCCGACAAAAAAGACUCGAAAUCUACUGAUUGAAGGGCCGGACAUAUUUGAAUCGAUUCACACAAUUGAACAGUAUUUUAAUAUUUUGGUAUUUGGUUAUUAUGAGUACCCAAGGAUGAGAAAAAAUGAAAUUUAUCCACAAUUUCAAAUCAGUGAAACACCACUUCACUUAUUGGCACAACAAAAGCAAACUUCCGUUGAGGAACCACUCAUAAUAUCAAACAUAUCUUCAAAUCAAGAUAUUCUUGAUAUGAAACAUAUUUAUAUAGAAUUGUUGCGCACAAGUAUGACAUUUAUAGUGGCCGUCAUAUCUGUUGCGGUCAUAAUCUAUUGGAAUUCAAGAUAUAUUAAAUCAAACAAAGAGCACAACAAAAUCAAUGAUCCCAACUGGACUACUGUUGGAAAAGUUAAGUUUGAAACAAAAGCAAUUAUAGGUCGGGGCAGCUCAGGUACAUGUGUUUAUAAGGGGUUGUUUGAAAACAAACAAAAGAUUGCCGUCAAGAGGGUAGUGGCCGACCAUUUUGUUUUGGCCGAACGUGAGAUUGAAUUGCUUCGGUCACUCCAACACCCGAAUUUGAUAAGAUAUUUUGCCACCGAAUCGGACGAAAUGUUUCGAUAUAUAGCCAUAGAAUUAGCUGACCUCACACUUUAUGACUAUAUUGAAGGUAGGGGUGAGUUGGCAGAGCUUAAUCCCAAACAUGUGUUGCAUCAGUCAUGUCUAGGAUUAGAACAUUUACAUUCUUUAAACAUAAUUCAUAGGGAUAUUAAACCUCAGAAUAUUUUGAUAUCACAUCCAUUACCGCCCAAUUAUUUAAGGAAAGUUAUGAUUUCUGACUUCGGUGUCUCAAAAGUAUUAACAAAUGAACAGUUAUCGACUGAAGUGUCGAUAACAUUGAAAGGUACUGAGGGUUGGAUUGCACCCGAAGUGUUAAAUUCAAAACUUGAGAGAAUAACAUUCAAGCCUUCAAAACCUAUUGAUAUUUUUUCAAUGGGAUGUCUAUUAUACUAUACCCUAACCAAAGGGUAUCACCCAUUUGGAGAUCUUUUACACAGACAGUCAAAUAUACUGUUUGGUCGGUUUGAUAUCGUGCUAAUGAAAACUGAGGAAACUAUGAGUGAAUAUAGCCUUAUAAAUGCCAUGAUUGCCUCCGAUCCAAAAGAUCGACCAAACAUCGAAUCGGUGGUUAAACACCCACUGUUUUGGACACCAAGUAAGGCGUUGCAGUUACUGCAGGAUGUCUCCGAUCGUAUUGAAAAAGAACCGGUAGAUUCACCCGUAGUGUUAACUUUAGAGAGGGGUGGACUUGACGUUUGUAGAGGUGAUUGGAGAAGACACAUAUCAAUUGAAUUACAAGCAGACCUCAAGAAAUUUCGCUCAUAUCGCGGAUCAUCAGUAAGAGAUUUAUUGCGCGCAAUGCGUAAUAAACGUCACCACUAUAGGGAACUGCCUCAUGAAGUACAACAAUCUCUGGGUUCGAUACCCAAUCAGUUUGUUGAAUACUUUACUACAAGAUAUCCCCGUCUUUUGAUACAUUCAUACAUUGCUCUACAAAUGUGUCGAAAUGAGGAUAUCUUUGAUACUUAUUAUGAAAGAGAUUCAAUUCAUUAUGAGUCUCUCCCGAGGAGUGGUAUCAAAUGGUUUACCAAAAAUAAUGAAAACUUAAUGCCUAACGGUAUACCCAGUGAUGACUCACUCGAGUCAAUCAAUUGGAAGAGUUGUAAGAGAAAAGGUUCACCCGUUAAGAGAUUUAAUAACAUUAAUAUUGAGGGUUCGCCACCUAAAGUGGACACAAAUUGGGGCAAUACUAAUGUAUAUAAUGAUUAAGUUAAC